GGAGCCCGUUUUGGGUUAUGUCCAAAUUUUUCGGUACGCAACAUGCCUGGAGAUAUGCGCGACGGUGCUGGGCGUCAUAUUUGGCCUACUGAGCGCCGGUGGCAUCUGUUACAAUAUGGCUAACUACGGCGAACUCAGCACCAUCUUCGUAGAACGUACCUCCUACCCUGAAGAGAUGUCCAGUUACCUGCCACUACUUGAACUCUUCGGUGGAGGAAGGAGACUGCAGAAUGCGUCCUUAGAGGAGAAUAUGGCCGCGCUGAUCGAGGACGGCCGGGCAUUGGCAGUGGGUACCGUCGUCAGCGUAGUCAUCUCGAUGGUCUUCUGUAUGCUGUCUGUCGCCCUCGUCAACUGGAGCGCUUUGAAACAGAUGACGAGAAUUCGAACAAAGUUCCUCCAGUCGGUGAUGCGACAAGACAUGGCCUGGUUUGACACGGAUUCUGAAUUCAAUUUAGCCUCAAAAAUGUCCGAGAAUAUGAUGAAAUUGAAAGAUGGUAUGGGCGAAAAGCUGUCCAUAGUGGCCAACCUGGUGGGCACGGCCCUUAUGUGUAUCGGCACGGCGUUUCCUUUGGGCUGGGAGCUCGCACUAGCCUGCGGAGCCGUGGUACCCUUCUCACUUAUUGCUGCUGUUGUCUUGAGUAAUUACCAAACGCGUUCUUCGGUGAAAGAAAUGGAUGCAUAUAGCGUAGCAGGCAAACAAGCCGAGGAGGUUCUUAAGUCAGUGAAAACCGUCGUCGCCUAUGCCGGGGAGGAGAAAGAAAUUGAAAGGUAUAGGCGGCUACUACAGCCUGCGGAACAAUUCGGUCGCAAACGGGGACUUUACACGGGCCUCGGCAAUGGGUUCAACUGGGUGCUCACUUACACCCUUAACACCAUCGGAUUAAUGUACGGCUCACGACUCGUCGUAGAAAACAUGUACAAGCCUGCCGAUCUCAAGAUUUAUGUCGUCGGUGAUGUUUUUGCUGUAAUGUUCAGUAUGUACAUGGCAACGCAGUCCAUAACGUUUUGUGUGCCACACAUGGAAGGUUUUGCAGCGGCUCGAGGAGCCGCCACCAGCGUCUUUAAUUUGAUAGAACGUGAGCCGGGCAUCGAUAGCCUCCAGGAAGGAGGAUCAACUCCUAGACGAGUUAUAGGAGAUAUAGCAUUAGAAAAUGUUCAUUUCAGCUAUCCCUCAAGACCCAGCGUAAAGGUUUUGCAUGGAUUUACGCUAAAAGUAACAGCCGGCGAAAACGUGGCCUUGGUCGGCUCUUCCGGCUGUGGUAAAUCAACUGUAUUGCAAUUGUUGCAAAGAUUGUAUGACCCAAAUACUGGAUCCGUACAACUCGACGGAAAAGACUUAAGAAAUUUAAAUUUGGGAUGGCUGAGAUCUUCUUUAGGUGUAGUAGGCCAAGAACCAAUUCUCUUCCGAGGCACGAUUCGAGAAAAUAUUAGCAUAGGCUGCCUAGAGGCGACCAUGGAAGAAGUACAGAGAGUAGCAAUUAUGGCUUACGCUCACGAUUUCAUCACACGUUUGCCCAAUGGUUAUGAUACUAUGAUUGGUGAAAGAGGGGCGUCACUAUCCGGUGGCCAAAAGCAAAGAAUUGCGAUAGCUAGAUCGUUGCUACGAGAGCCUGCGGUGCUAUUAUUGGAUGAAGCUACAUCUGCUCUCGAUCCUCAUUCUGAACGACAGGUGCAAGCCGCACUUGACAGAGCCAGCAAGGGAAGAACUACUUUGACAGUGUCGCACAGAUUGUCUACCAUUGUAAAUGCUGAUAGAAUCAUUUGUAUGGACCAGGGAUCAAUAGUAGAACAAGGCACUCAUGACGAACUUAUGGAAGCUAAAGGAUUCUAUCACAAGUUAGUAACAAGAGGCGAUGAAGUCCUAGAGCCUGAUGAAAUUAUGCCAGUUCCAGAGGAGGUAGAAGAAGAAGAAACACUCAGCCCGAGAUUAGAUAUUAAGCGGAAAUCCAGUAGAAGAACACGCAGAACACUCUCUUCGAGAAAAAGUUCUGUCGAGUGGAUAGCAGCCCGAGGAUCCAUUUGUUCGAUGAUGUCAACUAGUGGCCACAGUUUCGGCUACAAUGAGUCUGAUGACGAUGCCACCGAGGAAGAUGAAGAGAUUAAACCGGUCAGCAGCUGGCAGCUUAUGAAACUCAACGCGCCUGAAUGGCCUUACUUGGUGACAGGUUCCAUUGCUGCUUUCAUUCAAGGAGCCUGCUUUCCAGUCUUUGCUAUUCUCUUGGGAUAUACUACUGCGGUAUUUGCAUAUCCAGAUGGCGCAUUCAUAAUAGCUAAAUGUGAUUUAUUCGCCGGAUUGUUCAUAUUAGUGGCAGCAACGGCAGGAGUAACCAUGUGCUUGCAGAGUGCCACCUUUACCAGCGCCGGCCUCAUGAUGACAAAUAGAUUGCGGGAGCAAUAUUUCUCCGGUUUACUGAGACAGGAAAUAGGUUACUUCGACAAAGAGUCAAAUACUGUAGGUGCAAUGUGCGCGAGAUUAAGCGGCGAUGCUGCUGAAGUACAGGGCGCUACGGGACUGCGCAUCGGGCUCAUCCUACAAGGCUUUAGUUCCGUAUUCGUAGGCUUCAUCAUAGCCAUAUGCUACAAUUGGAAACUCACCCUAGUUGGGACGGCUCUUUUACCUGUUAUGGUUGGAAGUAUAUGGUUAGAGGGUAUAAUAUCACAACAGUCCCAGGCCAAUGAACGCGCUGCAAUGGAAUCUGCAACCGCAAUUGCCACUGAAGCGGUAAUUGCCAUCAGAACCGUACAAAGUUUAGGGGUUGAAAAAAUUUUUCUUAGAAAAUUCCAAGAGAACCUGGCAGAAUCUACUGCUGCCGUGGCACAAAAGACGCGAUGGCGCGGGCUGGUGAUGGGGGCGGGGGUGUAUGUUCCAUUCCUGUGCUUCAGCGUCGCAAUCGUCUAUGGCGUCACCCUCAUCGCCUACGAAGGUGUCCCAUUCAGUACUGUAUGGCUAGUAACUCAAUCCAUCAUGUACGGUGCUUAUAUGCUGGGGCAAUCGCUUGUUUAUGCACCGAACUUCAAGUCAGCUUUAGACUGUGGGGCCAGAAUCCUUUCUCUUAUACAUAGAGAACCUAAAAUAAAGACUGAACCCGGCGUGACGGAUAAAAAAGAUUGGGCCGCCACUGGAAACUUCAGCGUGAUGGAUGUCGAGUUUAGUUAUCCGACUCGCCCGAACCAAAAAGUUCUUAGAAGCCUGAAUCUGAAAGUGGAAGCUGGUAAAACUGUGGCUCUUGUAGGCUCAUCUGGUUGCGGUAAAUCAACUAUUCUUCAGCUGAUGCAAAGGUUCUAUGAUCCGAUUUCUGGUAAUAUUGAGUUAGAUGGAGUUCAUAUUAAGAAUAACUUGACUCUACCGCGUCUGCGGCGGCAACUCGGUGUGGUGCAGCAGGAGCCUGUGCUGUUUGACCGCACGUUAGCCGAGAACAUCGCGUACGGCGACAACAACCGCAAAGUGACAAUGCACGAGAUCGUGGCUUCCGCCAAAGCCGCAAACAUUCACAACUUCAUUGUUUCUCUGCCUAAGGGAUAUGACACCAAUCUGGGCGCAAACGGAGCGCAACUGUCGGGCGGACAGAAACAGCGCGUGUGCAUCGCCCGUGCGCUUAUCCGUGCGCCUAGAUUAUUGCUGCUGGACGAAGCCACCUCCGCACUCGAUGCCAACAGCGAGCGGACCGUAUCCGAGGCCCUGGAAAAGGCUGUCAAAGGACGGACGUGCAUCUCCAUCGCUCAUCGGCUGUCUACUAUAAAGGAUGCUGAUCUCAUUUGUGUUGUAGACAAAGGACGAAUCGUGGAGCGUGGUACGCACUCGGAGUUGAUUCAGCAAAGAGGCAUAUAUUGGCGAAUGUGCAAGGGGCAACAUAUGGCGUGAUCAGCAGUGGGUCACUUCUCUUGAAAAAUUCUGCACUUGUUAUUCACAUCCACACUAAGACAUGUAUAAAAACCAUAAAUUAAAUUGUAUAC